UAAAAAAAAAGUAAAUUGCCGUUAACAACGGAAAUGAUGAAAAAUCGAACAUAAUUUCGCGUUUCCUUUGAAAAUAAUAGAGUAUUGCCAUACACGCAGACACAUCGUUUUUGUGCAUGCAAUUAAAUUACGGAAGAGUUUGUCCAGCCAAAAUCACAUGGCCUAAUUUUUUUUUUUUUUUUUUAUUUUCCCUUUACUAGUGACAAUAAUUCAUUUGCAAGCACGGUCCCGCAUUUCUCUCGUUCCUGCACCGGUCUUAUAUCGUACCGCUUCAGUUGUCGCAAAUCAACGAGUCGGCCCGUGCAAUUCAAGUGAAACUCGACAUUUCUUUCCGACAUUAUGCAAAAAUUUGUCCCCGCCAGUUAAGUCAUUGUUUAGCGAAAUCUACGCCGUCGCAAUUUGCCGACAGUCAUUGUGGAGUUCUGAGACAAGAAGCUUUCGCGCGUUCUAACAUUUUAUCGCUUUAAAAACAUUUCUUACGAUUGUGACUUUUAAAUCUCAUUUGUCAAUAAUUAUUAUACUUUAAAUAAAAUAAUCAAACAAUAUAACGCAACGUGAUUUAUGACGUAAAACAAAUCGCUUAAAAUAUAAAUGACAUGUGUGAAUCUUCCAAAUAAAAUAAAGAAUAACAAUAAAAACCGCGUUGAGUGUUUAAUAAAUGCAAAAGUGAUGUGUCUUAGUUAGAUUAUUAAAAGUGACUCAACGCGUAGUCUGAUUCGAUGUGCAGUACGCGAUUCUUUUUGAUCAUCAAUUAAGUGUCUUACAGAAUGGAAUCGCGUACUCGAAUACUUAUUCUCUGUUUAUUAUAUAUCGCGCGCGCUUCUGAAGUGCUAGCAGAAGAAAUCGAGUUCAGAGCGAGAUUCCCGAGAUCGGAGGACGUCAAAGAUCUAUCGAGACUAGAUACGCUUAUACAGGAAAUUGAUGGAAUCGACAAACAAUCCGCGUAUAAAUUACGCGAUAAGAGAGCACUCGGUUUUCUGCUAUCAGGUUUGGCCCAAAUCUUCGGAUACACGGUGACUCCGAUUCAAAUCGCCUCGCUGCCAAAUCCAAUGAAUAUCACGAUACCUGCCGCAAUGUCAAACUCGUCCACGAUGGGUAACGUCAUGGGACAACAAACUGCAUCUACUCAACCGACGUCAAUGAACGCCACGGCGCCGAGGCAACAGGAAACUAUUAGAUUUACCGGCGUAUUAAACUUCGGCAAUAAUUCGGACAUUGUAGGGCAUCUUCAGCGUUACGAGCAGAUCUUUCACGGUCGUCAAAAUAAUGCGACAAAUACGAUGAUGACGAUUUCGCGACCCGUAUCGAUGCCGAUGCCUCCCGCGAAAAUUUCGAUGGAUCCCACAACGAACUCGGUGACCAGACCACCUUUGUUAGCGCCAUUUUUCGUGAGAAUUCCGUUGCCGAUCGCGCCUGAUCUUCCACCAGCCACAAUGCCCAUUGAAAAUUUCAAGUUUUCGUAUCCCGUCCCAGCAGUUUCAAUCGUGAGCGAAUCAAACAAAACCGCAGAAAUGCCGGCUCGGGAAGAACAGGAAACGAUAUACAGAAAUAAGGAGAAUACAGAACGAUAUACGGUGGAAGAAAAGGAUAUCUAUGACGAGAAAGACGUGAUGAAGCCGGUGAACCAUCAAUUAUACAUCGACGAACCGAGCUCGCAGCAACGUAUCGAGAGACUGAAGGAACAAGAGGAGCAGAGAAACUGCGAUAAGAAUACACAUCAUAAAGAGAACGAGAUAAAAGAGAAAGACAGAAACCGAAAAGAAGAAAUCGAUAAUCAAAACCGAGAACAUGCUUCUAGGUAUGAACCAAUGGAGAAAAAAAAACCAGCAUAUAACGAUGAAGAAGAUGAAGACUCUGCCGAAAGGUACGAGGAACAUAUCAGUCAAGCAAAUAAAUCUUCGAAACAGCCUCUAAGAGAGGCUGAGAGCGAGGAAGUUGAAGACGACGAUUCUAACGAGCAAUUUCACGGAUAUAAGCAACCUGAGAACUUUAACAAGUAUAUAGAAAUGGACUACAAUCAGCAAUUACCUAUCGGCGACUACUUCCACGAGGGUGACCCUGAAGUAAUCCGCGACAGCUACGGCGAGAUAUUGGACGAUAAAAAACUGGAGGACGACAGAAUCGCCGGUUAUAUCAACAUGUUCAAACAUCCGUAUGUAUAUAAUUCGCAGAGUGUUCGCAAUCCCGAAGACGCGUCUGGAGAAGAUGAAAAGGAACCAUCUACCGCAGACGGUUACGAUGAACACUUGAUUAGGCUACAGAAGCUCAGAGAAGAAUACGCCUUGCCGAAGAUGAAGUAUGAAGAAUACGACUUGAACGACGAAAGUGAAGGAAAAAGAGACGACAGGGGCAACGAAAGAAUCCAGAAUCGUACAUCGACGCGACCAAAAACAGGGCGUGUUCGUGGCAAGGAAAAUAAUCGCGCGAAAAUGCCAACUGGAUCGAGCAAGAAUAUUCUACGCGAUGACGCCGCAAAAUUCGAGAACACGAAGUCGCAGGAAGAAAGCGGUUUCGUAAAACACAUACCUCUAAUCGUGCCUAUACGCUACAUCGAUACGAACGACAAGGUGCAGCAAGCAACGACGCGACAGCUGAGUUAUGAAGAAUCGGAUAAAUUGCCGAACGUCAGAUUGCCCGCAGAUAACGUCGAUUCCAUGCAAACGCUCGCCAAUGAGAAACUGACUCCGCAGAUCGGUUUGCCCGAAAGACCGCGAAAAUUGCACGAAGGCGAGCACAAAGUAUUGCAAGUCUGGCCGCCGCCCUUCGAUUACGCCUUCGACAAUACGGCACCGACGAACACCAUUAUUUCACCGAAUUCACAGAACUAUCCUUCAAAUUAUUACCAACAUGUUGUAAAAAAUAUCGCAGCAAAUGACGCGAACAGCGACAACUCUUCGGAACAACCUUCCGGUUACCUGGUAGUCGUUGGUAACCCGUAUCAAUAUCCCUACAACUUUUAUUACUUCCCGAACGAAAAUAUAAAUCCACAAAAUCAUCCUCAUCCCAAUACCAAAAGCACAUAUCAGCAAAAUCAAAUCCACGCUCCUCAGCAAAAUCAAAUCCACGCUCCUCAGCAAAAUCAAAUCCACGCUUCUCAACAAAAUAUUAAUCAACAGUUUACUCGAGCGAACUCUAAUCUUAUCAAAGACAACCUGAAUGAGACCACGAGAGAUCACUAUCAUCAACCUCACCAAAUUCCAACCAAUGUUCUCGAUCGUUACAGAUAUAUUUUUGGCGAACAUACUCCUGAGACCAAGGAAUCGGUUAAUAUCGACACAAGAGAUCAAAUUCCUAAUAUUGAAAACUGGUCGAGCAAAAUAUAUCAAUCGCGAUCGAGAGCCGAGCAAUCUCCUCCGGUUCUCGCACAGUUGCAGAAUGUGGCAUCUUCAAAUCAAAACGUGCACAGCAGAUCUUCAAAUUCGCGUUAUUUACGACCAGUAAGAAGACAAAAAAGGUCUCAACCGGAGGACCAAAGCAAGGAUGAUAAAAAGGUGAAGAUUUUGCAACCGAUCCCGACAAGUAAACCUUUCGACGAUCCUCAGAGCGCGCACGACUUCUUCGGCUUCAACAAGGACGAUUAUAGUUUUACAGGCGAAAGCAGCGACGCAUUGAAAGUUGCCGAGGAGAAUGGCAAAAUCGCGAAAGAAUCGGACAUGCCCCUCGAUCCGGUCGUUUAUCAUCACGAUAACGAAAGUGUCGUGAAACACGCCGACGAACCGGAAAAUGACACGGAGAAAGCCAAAGUCACAGAAUACAGGAACAAAGUGGCGACCUUAAAGGUAUCGGAGCAGAGGCAAUUAAAACCGAACGGACCAAUUCAUUACGUAGAAUUUGUACGCAAUAUUUAA